UGAAAACCCCUUUCGGGCUAAACAGAUCUGGCGGACCAUCAGAAGGAUCAAAGUAUUUCACUGCUUUAUACUUUACAUGCAGCAGUCUUACAUCUGUUGGAUUUGGUAAUGUCUCAGCGAAUACAACAAAUGAGAAAAUAUUUGCCAUUUGUAUUAUGCUUCUAGGUGCUCUUAUGCAUGCAGCAGUAUUUGGUAAUGUGACAGCAAUCAUUCAACGUAUGUAUGCGCGUCGUACAACAUUUCAGUCAAAAGUUCAAGAUUUAAAGGAAUUUAUUGAAGUACAUAGAAUACCAAAAUCAUUAAAAAAUAGAAUGGAAGAUUUCUUUCAAACAACAUGGGCUAUCAAUCGUGGAAUUGAUGUACCAGAUGUUUUAAAAAUUUAUCCUGAAGAAUUACAAGGUGAUAUUUACUUACACUUAAAUCGUGAAGUACUUGGUCUAAAAGUAUUUGAAAAAGCCGAUCGUGAUUGUUUAAAACGUCUAGCGGUUAAUUUCAAAUUGACAUUUUGUACACCUGGUGAAUAUUUAAUACAUACUGGUGAUAUUCUUCGACGUUUAUACUUUGUUUCAAAUGGAUCGUUGGAAGUGUUAGAAAAAGAUGAAGUGGUUGCACUUUUAGGUAAAAAUGAUUGGUUCGGUGCCUUUAUAGAUUCUGAUUCAACGCUAAAUAAUGCUAGUAGUAUGUCGACAACAUCAACAUUUCCAGUUAUACGUUCAAGAUGUGAUGUCAAGUCGUUAACAUACUGUGACCUGCAUUAUAUUGAUUUGAUUACAUUAAGUGAAAUAUUAAAUCAACAUCCACGCUUUAAAGCAGAGUUGAAAAGUUACUUGUAUGAGGAUUUAUCAUUCAAUAUACAAGAAGGAGCUGAGAAUUUCUAUUCAAGUGAUGUGAUUACAGUCCCAGCGAUCACAUUACAACUAGCCAACGAUGAUGAUAAAGACUGGGAUAGUGAAGAAACUAAACUCAACAUAAUCGAUGAAGUAGAAAGUCUAAAACCGCCAACCUUUAUUUUUGAUAGCAAAGGUCGUAGUUGUAGUCUAACAUCAUACGAUGAAGAAUCUGGUCUGUUAAACAUCCAUUCAAAUAGCCAGUCCAAUUCUGAGUUGACAACUAAUCAGUUGACAAUAACAACUAGAAAUGAAGAAAGACCAUUGGGCAAAUCACCAUCUCCUGUAACAGGCUACAGCUUAUCCCACUAUCCAAGACGUUUACAGUCUUCAGAUAAAAUUUCAUCAAGACGUAAAUUUUUUAUUACAAAAUCAUCGAAAUCCUCAGGAUGUUCAAGUAAUGUAGACUUGGCACAAAAAUCAGUUGAGCACAAAGUACCAUCUAUAGGCACUCAAGUUGUUCAAGCACCAAGCGUAAGUCAGAAUGAUACCAAAUCUAUAAAUGAUGAAAGCUUUUCAAAAUCUGAACAAAAUCGUCGACAUACAGUGCCAACAGUUCAAGCACAAAAUCCACCCUUGAAAUCAUCAACAACAACAAAUUCCGCUGGAGUAAAUUCACCCAGUCCACAACAUCGUAACUCUGAAGACCAUAAUACAGUUGAUACAUGGCUGUUUUCAAAUCAGUCAAGUGGUACUCAAUCGAAUGAUGAAUAUUGUUUCCCUUAUAUCAGGUCAACAUAUUCUUUAUCUAAAAACUGUACUACUAGUGAAAAUAACAGUAAUAAUAAUAAUGUUCAUGAUAAUAAUAACAGUAAUAUUAAUAGUUUACUACCUGGCCAGUGUCUUUCAAUUCCCAAUUUUUCUACUGGUGUACGUGAAAGAUUAAAUGUAAAUUUAUCCAAUUAUUCAGAGACUACAAUUCCACAGUUAGUAAUUAAUAAACCUAUCUGUGAAUCUGUACAGCUUCCUCAAUUCAGAUUACGUAAUAAUAGUAGUAAUAAUAUUGGUAUAACGCCAACAUCAAAUCUUUGUCUGUACACAACAAAUACAUCGCCUGUCAAUUCAAUAUGGUCGUGUACAAAUGAAUGUAAUCAAACUUUUAAUAAUUAUAAUCGAUAUCCAUCUCCAAAUCGAUCAAAUCUACUUGGCAGCAGUUUACAUGAUAUUAAUUUAAUUAGUGAAUUACGUAGUUUAAACAAUCGUCUUGAAUGCAUAGAAGUACAAUUUACAAAACUAUUUAAAUUAUUAGAAUCAAAACAAUUUUUAUAAAAACAAAAUUUAAACAAACAGAAAACCUAAUUUAAAUCAUCA